CAUUCGGUGCUAAGCUCUCCCCGCGAACGGUCGUGUCCGAUCUCCGGUCUCCGAUCCACGAUCCACGAUCCCCGAUCUCCGAUUUUCGGUUCACGUUCUAUACGGUACCCGAUUUUCGCAGGUAUCGAGCUUUGUUCAGUUCGGGCAACUCCAAAGUCGAGACGUGUCGUCGGGUGCGUGCGUGUGCGCGAAUCUGAACAGAAAAAAGCGAAAAAAGUGCCGAUCCGAAAAGGCAGCGUUACGAGUUCCGCCUCUCCCUCUCCAAAACGUCUAGAUCUGGCCAGAGGAUCCGUGGUUAUCGACGUAUGCAUGUCUUAUAGAAGAUAAGACGCCAAGAGAGGAAGCUAGAAGGAUCCACUGCCAGCGCACCCACCACUCACAAAUCAUCAGCACAGCCAUGGAACGCGUCCACCUGACCGCCUGGUUGGCCCUGUUCCUCAUCGUGGUCGCCGCCGCCACGCCCACUCCCGCUCGCCCGCCCACCGACUGCCCGGCGGACUGCAGCUGCAGCUUGGCCCAGCACACGCACAAGCCACUGUACCACCUCAAGUGCAACAGCACCCGUGGCCUAAGGCAGGCCGAGAAGUCGUUCCAGUCGACGGUGCCGGUGCACUCCAUCGAUCUGUCCCACCUGAACCUCACCCGCUUGAGCCAUGUGCUGGACAAGCUGCCUGAGCUAACCUCCGCCGACUUGUCGCACAACCAGCUGAGGGAUCUGGGUCAUCUGGGCAAGGGCCUGAAGCGACUGAACCUGAAGCACAAUCAGCUCACCUCGAACAAGCUGAGGAAACUGCCGCAGCAUCUGCAGGUGCUCAACCUGCAGCACAACAACAUCAGCCACCUGCCGCUGGAGCUGACUCACAUGCACCAGUUGCACCAGCUGGAGCUGAGCCACAACGCCAUCAACUGCUCCUGCCAGACGCUGGAGGUGCGCAACUGGCUGGUGGAGCGCAUCGUCUACAUGGAACACCCCGUUGUCUGCUCCUAUCCCCUGGAGUUCAGGGGUCGCUCUUGGCUGCAGUUGAAGCAGGAUGAGAUCUGCAAGAAGGAGAAGUACCAAUGGUUCGAUACCGAUACCGAGGAGAACGAACUGAUGAUGGGCGACCAGCCGGCUGCUGCUUCUGCAGAACGCGAGGAUGAGGAGGAACUGGGCAAGGACUUUCUGCCCAUCGUUGGAAAUCCCGCAGCCACAGCGAAGAAGGUUCGCUCGCCGCAGAGCCCGGUUCCUGGUGACCAGGUGGAGGGAUCCGGAGACCUCAGCGAAACCAAUAUGGAGCUUAAGUUGCCCGAAGAGACCGUUGCAGAGCCUGAAGCUGCUGAAUCUCAGCUGGUGGAUGCUGCAGCCGUUGCUGAUGCUCCUGUGCCCCAGGAGCACAUCGUUAAGGACGACGACGAGGAUGACGAGGGAUCUGGCAGCGGCGGUGGUCUGCUCAUCAUUCCCGAUCUCUCCAAAGUGAGGAUUACCUCCGAAGACGAGCUGGAUAGCGAUGGCAAGCCAGAGGAGAGCGAUGCCAGACCUCUGGAGAAUCCAGAGCAUUCGGAGAAUCCAGACACUGUCUUCUCCAACAAAAUCGGUAUCUAUGAAGGCGACCAGGAGGAGAAGAAGCCCGUGGAAGAAGAUAGUAUCGUGCCCGUGGUGUUGACAAAUCUGAACACAGGUCUGGCUUCCGAUGUGGUGACUGAUGGGCCACUGGACGACAGCAAGGAGUCCGAGGACAUCCUGACCGCCAAGAUAGGCAAGCCAAAGGACGACAGUAGCGCUAUCUACUAUCUGCUGGCCGUGAUUGGACUGAUUGUGGUGGGCCUGGUGCUCUUCGUGGCCAUCAAGCGUUGCAAGUACGACAGCAAUGCGGCCGCCCGCGAUGCGGAGGCUCAGCGGCAGACGGAGCUCCUGGACAUGGACAAGAAGCAGCUGGGCAAGCCGCUGCACAAGAACGGCCAUGGCAACGGCCAGGAGCACUCGCCACUGAUCGGUGAGAAGACCAAACUGGACGAGGCACAGAUUGUGAAGAAGCCCUACGAGAACGGUGACGCCAAGGACGGGGCUGGUCAGCAGCCCCUGCUCAAUGGCAACGGGUCGGCCAAUGGAGGUGCCAAGGAGGCACCCGAAAGCGGCGAGCCUGCCGCCCAUGAAUACUACCCCAUCAGUCCACGCUACCCCACUCCGCAAUCGCCCAGGGCAUCCAAGUACGCACAGCAACAGCAGCUCGCCGAGCAGAACAACAACGAGCCAGAUGCCGCCUACCUGCCCUCGUCGCCCAAGUCCGGAAGGUACUCGCCCGUCUACUCCCCGGAGACGGGUCGCGUCAAGAUCAAGCUGACGGAGACCCCCAAGCCCAAGACACCCAUGCUGGUGACGCGCAGCAAGUCCAAUGCCGGGGACAUCAUCACCACGCCCGUCAGACCCAUCGAACCCACCCACCAGGUGAUCAAUGGCCACUGAUUGCAGCUAGCCAUCCACUCUCGACACAGCCCGACCUUCCCGACUCGCCCCCACUACGUAACCCAUUGCCAUCCGUUGGCAUUUGACAGCAGAAGAACUGUGUUCCAUACCCAAGCAUUAGUUUUAUUCUGUAGUUAGAUAUUCUUAUCAAAUUCAAGUUAGACAAAUGCCAUCGGAUUGGGCAACUGGGAACCGGGGUGUAUUCCCUCCUCAGCUUCAUCACCAGCAACAUACGGCAGCGACAUGUGCAGCAGCAACAUGUGCUGCAGCAACACGUUCUACACGUGCAACACAUGCAACACAUGCAACAUCUGCUGCAGCAGCAUCUAGAAUAAAGCAGAAGCCAAGGCGACGAAAACAAACAAGCAAACUAUUCGUGUUAAGCACCCUACUUUGUGACCCCCUCUUAAUUGUGAACGACAAGUAGUGUUUUAGCUAUAAGUAAAUUAAUUACACCUAAGCGUAAAUCUAGUUUAAUACCAAAGUUAAAAAAAUAUAUGCGUUUAAACAAUGAAAUCAGUCGUCGAGUGCAAAAUGAAAUGAAAAUAUCAAUGAGCAUGAUAAAUGCUUUCAAACUGCAUCUGCAUGUGAUGUUCACACCAUACUUACUGUAUAUGUAUGUACUUUUAUAACCUACCUAUAUACUGUAAACUACUUAAGCUGCGUUCUCUCGUGAAAUUAUAAUGUGUGAGUUCAUUAAAAGCAAGCGAACUUCUAAAAUA